AUGACAAGCUACCCAAAUGCCAUGCAGCCACCCCCAUCCGCAUCUUCGUACAACAACCCGGCAGGAGCUGGGAGUGGCAACAGUCGCUGGAGUGUCUCGUCUGGAUUUCGACAGUCCAUCAACGGAGGCCAUCGCAACAGUAUUCUAAACUCGUCCGUCAUGAUGUCACAACGACCUUCUCCUAUGGGGCCUUUGACUGGAGACGACUAUGGAGCUCUUGGAAGCAGUGUCAUGGGACCACCUACGUCCGGAAACCGUCGAGUCAGCAGCUUCGCGCCAAGACAGUCCAUGAACGGACCUGGCCCAGGAAUGGGGUUCUCGCUCUUGAACAACAUCAACAUUCGGGACCCGCGGCCAGUCAAGGACAAAGGAUUUCAAAGGAACUUGGUUCUCCACAUCGUGAACUUCUUGACGCAAACCGGAUACCCUCAUGUCAUCACAAACAAGAACUUAACCCAGCCGACAAACAAGGAUUUCCAGGAUAUCUUCAAGUUCCUAUACCUCAAACUGGAGCCAAGAUACGAGUUUCAGAAAAAGUUUGAGGAAGAGGUGCCUAUAUUGCUGAAGACGAUGAGAUACCCUGCGGCAGAUUCCAUUUCAAAGACGUCGUUGUAUACCGUUGGAACACAGCACUCUUGGCCCAACAUGCUGGCAAUGCUCGGCUGGAUGGUGGACGUUAUUACGAUCAUCGACAAAUACAAUGAGAUGAUGGAGGCACAGCAGAUGAGCAACGCGCAUAACAGGGACAGAGAUAUUGACCCGAAAAUGGACAUGACACAGGUGUCACCAGAGCGAGCAUUAUACCACUAUUUGACAAAGACGUACCGGGUCUGGAUGUUGACAGGCAACUUGCACGAUCCGGAUAUCGAGGAGAGCAUGGCCAAGAGUUUUCAACGUCGCAAGGAGUAUGCAGAGGAUGAGGUGCGGAGUCUUGACGUGAUGAACGAUACUCGUCGACAGGAACUGGAGGCCGCUCGGGCAGAAGUGUCACCGCUGAUUGCACUGGAGGGGGAACAGAAGACUUUGAAGAAGGACUUGGAGCAGUUCAAGAAGGCCAUUGAGCAUGGAGUGCCAAGGAUCGAGGAAGUACGAAUGGCGAAUGAAGAGACCAGGAAAAACAUUAUCAACAAGGAGCACAAGCUGUCGGAUGUUGAGCGGGCAAAGCGGGAGGUCCAGGAGAUUGUUCGGACACAGACCACAACUCGUGCCGGUUUGGAGACCAAGAUCGAGGAACGCAACAGGUUGCGGCGGAAGGAGGACAGUCUAAAGCAGAAGGUCAGCGAUUUCGAGGAGGAGCAGCGGACACUCGACAAACGAUUCCAGGAAGGCGAGAGCGAGGCAGAGCGUUUGAUCACCGAGUACAAUGUGCUUGCAGUGAAGAUUGGAAUCGUUCCCAGAUCCGGUAAGCAUGCGGGGGGUCAGGACUUUGAGCUGCGACUGGAUCUGGACAAUGCCAUCUCUGGUACCGGAAGUUUGUACUCGAUUGAAACCAAGAACAAGGCUGAGCGAACUGUCGGCGCCCUCAGGAAUCAGUUUACGACAAAUGUCAAUGAGACGGAGAAUGAGCUUAUGGCUCUGAAGGAGGACCUGGACCACUUGGAGGACCAAAUUGCGGACAAGAACGCUGAGAUUCGCAUCAAGGAGUACCAAUUUGGCCUUUUGUCUAAAAAGCAUCAAGAAGAUAAAGAGUCUGCAAGGACGGAGUCAGCCAAUCGUCAGACGUUCACCGAGAGCCAGGAAGAGCAGCUUCAAGCGAUGAUGUUGGAGAUAAACCAGAACACAACAGAGGCCGACCGACUUGAGCAGGAGAAUACCUUGAUGGAACGUCAGGCCGCUCAAAACCGCGAGAUAUACAACCGGCGGAUCAAGGAGAUCCUAGCACAACUGACGGAUGCGAAGCAGCAUGUCGAGGAGCAAGUCGGGUUGGUCCAGACGAUGGCUUCCAAAGAGGUUGAAGAUUCCGACCAGCAAAAGAAGCACGUCCACCAGGUUGUGGCUGCCGAUAAUGCCAUGGAGCUCCAGAGGCGCAACGACCCCGAGAACCUUGAUGUGGUGCCUGAACGCGAUCUGAUCUUUUCGCAGUGA